GUUAUUUCCACCACGAAACAUCCUACUCUCUUCUCCUCAUCUCAAACUACGCGACCUCAUCUUCUCACCACUUCUCCCGUUACGACUCGAUCCUCCUUCUCUCCGCCCUUCCAAACUCUUCCCCGUCCUUGUCCUGAACUCAUCAGGGGACAGUCUCAUCUUUGUCCUAUCCCCCCCUCACCGUGCCCACAAAUCCCACCCGGGUCCCCAGCGCUCAUCCCCCGUUGGCCUGCCACUCCUCGAACAAAUUCUUUUCUGCUUGUCUGCCAUCAGCCGUGACCUUGAACUCGACAAGAUAAUACUCCUCUUCCAUCUCCGUCCCACUCACCGCAUCUUACAAUGGAUUCCGCCGACUCCCCUGUUGCGAACCACGUCGACGAUGCCGCCGCCUUGAACGAGUCUAUGAACCAGCUCAAUAUUGGUGACCGAGAGAAUGAGCCUCCCAAGACCGAUGAAGAAUAUGCGCAGUCGCAAUUGACCCUUCGAGCUAUCGUCUCGACCAAGGAGGCCGGCGUCAUCAUUGGCAAACAGGGAAAAAAUGUGGCCGAUUUGCGCGAAGAGACCGGAGUCAAAGCUGGUGUCAGUAAGGUCGUGCAGGGUGUUCAUGAUCGAGUCCUGACUGUCACCGGACCUCUGUCCGGCAUCGCAAAGGCAUAUGCUCUCGUUGCCAAGGGCCUUUUGGAAGGUGCGCCGCAGAUGGGCAUGGGAGGAGUCAUUCAGAACAAUGGUACCCAUCCUAUUCGCCUUCUCAUCUCUCACAACCAGAUGGGCACCAUCAUUGGCCGACAAGGCCUUAAGAUCAAGCACAUCCAAGACGUCUCCGGAGUUCGCAUGGUUGCUCAGAAGGAAAUGCUGCCUCAGUCCACCGAGCGCAUUGUUGAAGUCCAGGGCACUCCGGAAGGCAUCGACAAGGCCGUCUGGGAAAUUGGAAAGUGUUUGGUUGAUGAUUGGCAACGUGGCACUGGAACAGUCCUGUAUAAUCCCGCGGUCCGCGUUCAGGUCGGCUCGGGCCCUCUUCCUCCUGCUGUUGGUGGUGGUGCAAUGACCGGCGGCGGUUAUCCUGCCAGCGGUCGUACCUAUAACCGCACAGGAAACGGCACCGACUUCAGCGAAACACGCAGCUACAAUCGCGGUAGUGAUGCGCCCCGGGGCAGUGGAAUUCCAAUGGUCACCGAAGAUGGGGAGGAAGUUCAAACCCAGAACAUCAGCAUUCCUGCCGAUAUGGUCGGCUGCAUCAUCGGACGGGGUGGCUCCAAGAUCAGCGAAAUCAGGAAGACCUCGGGUGCCAGAAUCUCGAUUGCAAAAGCACCGCAUGAUGAGACUGGUGAGCGCAUGUUCACCAUCAUGGGUAGUGCAAGCGCGAAUGAGCGAGCUCUGUAUCUCCUGUACGAGAACUUGGAAGCGGAGAAGGGACGCCGACAACAAGCCUCUUCGGAGUAAUGUACACACCAUCGCAGGUCUCCCGCUCGCUGCCACCUCUUCUCAAUCCUGAAUUUACGCCUCUACGCUCCGAGAAAACACAUUCCUUCGAAUUCCAUAUGUUCCCCAAACCACCACCUCGACACAAUGACAGUCCUGCGAAAAAGCAUAAGGCAUUGUUUUGCUCUUUGGCGUCCAACCGAUAGACGGUAUGUUGCGCAAAGCGACCUGACGAAGCUAUGAUACCUUUUCCUUUAAAUCUCGCGAGGGAAGCGAGUUACGAAUGAUGACUUGAGCUUGUAUGCAACGACCUUGAUCCUUUCUUAAUCCCAACCCGACGACACAAACUCAAUCCGGACCUGACCGAGUCUCAAACCCUGCUCAUCCCAAAAACAACACAGAGAACACUCAUCCAAUCCGCUGUGAGCCUCGAAAUUCUGUCGGCGAGACUGCUCCCCUCGUGGGGACAUGAAAAGCCUGACAGUGGCAACGAACCGAGUCACAAAUUCGCGUCCCCGGCUUGACUGUAGACGCGGUGGUGGCGGACCUAGAUUGUGAAGAAACAACCGGACGAGAAGGAGGGCAUCAAUUCGAAGAACAAGCGGGCCUCUCCUUGCCAAAAUAAAAUACUCAUUCAAUACUCGA